GGCACAACACCUAAACAGCAGCAGAACUAGCAGACCUCCGACGAGGCAGUCCUUCCACCAUGUGGCUCUGUGCGUUGGCCCUGGCCUCUCUCGCCACUUGCACGGCUUGGGGGCACCUGUCUGCACCACCUGUGGUGGACACCGUGCACGGCAAAGUCCUGGGGAAGUUCGUCAGCUUAGAAGGAGUUGCACAGCCCGUGGCCGUCUUCCUGGGAAUCCCCUUCGCCAAGCCCCCUCUUGGAUCCCUGAGGUUUGCACCACCACAGCCUGCAGAGCCAUGGAGCCACGUGAAGAACACCACCUCCUACCCUCCCAUGUGCUCCCAGGAUGCAGUAUCAGGGCAUAUGCUCUCGGAGCUCUUCACCAACAGAAAAGAGAACAUCCCUCUCAAGUUUUCCGAAGACUGCCUUUACCUGAAUAUUUAUACCCCUGCUGACCUGACAAAGAGAGGCAGGCUGCCGGUGAUGGUGUGGAUCCAUGGAGGUGGUCUGAUGGUGGGUGGAGCAUCAACCUAUGAUGGCCUGGCUCUCUCUGCCCAUGAGAACGUGGUGGUGGUGACCAUUCAGUACCGCCUGGGCAUCUGGGGAUUCCUCAGCACAGGAGAUGAACACAGCCGAGGGAACUGGGGUCACUUGGACCAGGUGGCUGCGCUGCGCUGGGUCCAGGACAACAUUGCCAACUUUGGAGGGGACCCAGGCUCUGUGACCAUCUUUGGAGAGUCAGCAGGAGGUCAAAGUGUCUCUAUCCUUCUAUUAUCUCCCCUGACCAAGAAUCUCUUCCAUCGAGCAAUUUCUGAGAGUGGCGUGGCCCUCCUUCCCUGUCUCUUCAGGAAGGACAUCAGGUCCUUGGCUGAGAAAAUUGCCACCGAAGCUGGGUGUAAAACCACCACCUCGGCUGUCAUGGUUCACUGCCUGCGCCAGAAGACAGAGGAAGAACUCAUGGAGGUGACACUGAAAAUGAAAUUUAUGGCUCUAGACCUAGUUGGCGACCCCAAAGAGAACUCUGCCUUCCUGACCACUGUGAUUGAUGGGGUGCUGCUGCCCAAAGCACCUGAAGAGAUUCUGGCAGAGAAGAAAUACAACAUGCUGCCCUACAUGGUGGGAAUCAACCAGCAAGAGUUUGGCUGGAUUAUCCCAAUGCAGAUGCUGGGCUAUCCACUCUCUGAAGGCAAACUGGACCAGAAGACGGCUACAGAACUCUUGUGGAAGUCCUACCCCAUUGUCAAUGUCUCUAAGGAGCUGACUCCGUUGGCCACUGAGAAGUAUUUAGGAGGGACAGACGACCCUGUCAAAAAGAAAGACUUGUUCCUGGACAUGCUUGCAGAUUUGUUGUUUGGUGUCCCAUCUGUGAAUGUGGCUCGUCACCACAGAGAUGCUGGAGCCCCCACCUAUAUGUAUGAGUAUCGGUAUCGCCCAAGCUUCUCAUCAGACAUGAGACCCAAGACAGUGAUAGGGGACCAUGGAGAUGAGAUCUUCUCUGUCUUAGGGGCCCCGUUUUUAAAAGAGGGUGCCACAGAAGAGGAGAUCAAACUGAGCAAGAUGGUGAUGAAAUACUGGGCCAACUUUGCUAGGAAUGGGAAUCCCAAUGGGGAGGGGCUUCCUCAAUGGCCAGCAUACGACAACAUGGAAGGUUACCUGCAGAUUGGAGCCACCACCCAGGCAGCCCAGAAGCUGAAAGACAAGGAAGUAGCUUUCUGGACUGAGCUCUGGGCCAAGCAGGCAGCAAGGCCACGUGAGACAGAGCACAUUGAGCUGUGAAUGAAGACCCAACGAGCCUUGAAACCUGGAGGUUUCAAGACAAGAGUAUUAUAAAGAAAAUAUUUGUAGACCCAAGAGGCGUCUUAUUGUGGAGAAUGAAGAAUUGCCUGGUGGGGAUGGCCAGAGAUCAGGGAGGGAGAAUUUUUGUACUUCUGGCUUCAAUUUGGGGAAUAAAUGUUCUUUCAGAGACCAAA